UAAUGUCCCCUUUACACAGUAGCAAUGAGCUGUUCUUCCAACCCCCACCAACAACACGAUCCCUGAAGAUCUUAUCCUGGGACGCUCUUUCAUGGAAAGUAGCAGUUCCAUUUUUAAAGUGGUGAGGAACCGCCGACGGAAGUUCUCCGUCACUAACUACCAUGAGAGGGCCGGCCAAGAUGGCGAUCACGGCGAUAGGAAGAAAAAGCAUAGAGAGGUUGAGAGGCAAAGACGGCAAGAAAUGGCUUCGCUUUGCGCAAGCCUUCGAUCCAAAUUGCCCCUCGAAUUCAUCAAGGGGAAGCGUUCGACGUCAGAUCACAUGAACGAGGCCGUGAAUUACAUCAAACACCUGCAGGCGAAAAUUGGAGAGCUGGGCUUCAAGAGGGACGAGCUCAAGAGCAUUCAUAGUUUGGCUGCCCUCGGCUCUCCUAGCUCCAAUUCUUCAUGCCUGACCACGUUUACAGUCAAUUCAUGCUGCGAGAUUGUGGAAAUCGUGAUCAGCCAAAGCAUCAGGGAAAAGGAUUUUCUGUUAUCUACUGUACUAGAUCUACUGCUUCAACGAGGACUUGAUGUCGUUAGCUGUUUUUCCAGUCAAGCGUAUGACAAGAUAGUCCACACAAUCCGCUGCGAGCUGGCCUAUGGGAACGGAAGUUUCGAUUUAACUCACUUGAAGGGGGAACUCAAGGAACUGCUCAUUCGAAAGUGGAACUCGUGAUUGCAAUUCCCAAGUAAUCUAACAUGUGACUACCAAAACUCUUGUAAUCCUAUAGAAGGUUUGUGAUCCUCAUGGAAAUUAUUUCUCUAGAGCAACGCAACUGGAAGGAUGAGGUCUCCUGCUUGUUUUUAACUCAUUUCUGACAUCGGAAGAGGUAUGAGAUUUUCGUUGUAGUAGCUUUGCCUGUUGGAAAUUUGCAAAAUAGAACCUUCCACGCAAAAAAGAACAGGAAGAAUCAUGGCUAAAACAAACAAAUCACGAUGACUGAUGAGCUUCUUGGUAGAAAGCGAACGGCAUGAAUUUUCCUAGCUAACUGGAAUGCACUGCUUGUAAGUUGUGGGUAGUUGAAAUUUUCAUUAUGUUUGUC